UAAUUUGCUGCAGAAAGAAGGGCAAAAUGGGCAAUGGAUUGAGAUUUUACUACAUUCAGGUAUCAUUGCUGACGUGGAAAAUGUUAGAGUGGACGGUCAGAGGUUAGGUGGUGGUGGUGGUCCUCUUCUUGCCCCAUUUCAUCUGUGUCAGCUUCAGCGAACGAAAAUGGAGCUGAAAAUAAUAAUACUUAAUGUAUUAUUAAGAAUGGUUAGUUAUAGCAAUAAAAAUAGGUUAUAUUAAUUAUUAUUUUAUUAUGUUUCCUUUGAAGAAAAUCAUGGGCAUGAUAGGUUGUCGUCUGUUGCUAAGCAGAGGUUUUCGUUUUGGAGAUUCGUUCAUGGCAAGUAAUCGACUUAUUCAAUAAACGAAUCUUCAAUUCUCUCUCUUUUCCCGCACCUGUUUUUAUUUUCGGAUCUCCGAUUAGUGCUUCCGGAUCCUCGUUCGCAUCGGAAUUGUUCGAUUUGAUUCUGUUGAGCACUGAUGGAAACUUGGUUUUUCUUUUGAGUUGAGCUGCUGCUAUGGAUUCAAAGAGGAAGAGGGAAUCUCCAGAGUCGAAUAGGUCGGCUAUGUUCCCGGAUGAGGUACUGGAGCGAGUUCUUUCCCUAAUCGAAUCUCACAAAGACCGUAGCUCGCUCUCUCUGGUUUGCAAGGACUGGUAUCACGCUGAGCGAUGGUCGCGUACGCGUGUUUUUAUUGGAAACUGUUAUUCGGUCUCGCCGGAGAUCGUUGCCCGUCGGUUCCCAAAAAUCAAGAGCGUGACACUCAAGGGGAAGCCGCGAUUCUCGGACUUCAAUCUGGUGCCGGAAAAUUGGGGAGCUGAUGUCCACUCUUGGCUUGUCGUUUUCGCGUCCGAGUAUCCCUUUUUGGAGGAGCUUAGACUCAAGAGAAUGACAGUAUGUGACGAGAGUUUGGAGUUUUUGGCGUUGAACUUCCCCAAUUUUAUGGGGCUCUCGCUUUUGAGCUGUGAUGGGUUUAGCACCGACGGACUCGCAGCCAUUGCCAAACAUUGCAAGAAUUUAACUGAGCUCGACAUCCAGGAUAAUGGUAUUGAUGACAGAAGUGGAGGGUGGCUGAGCUGUUUUCCAGAAACUUUCACCUCGUUGGAGGUGCUGAACUUUGGAACCUUGAAUAGUGAUGUAACUUUUGAUACCCUUGAGAGACUUGUUGCCCGGUGCAAAUCAUUGAAGGUUUUGAAGGUUAACAAAAAUAUUUCAUUGGAACAAUUGCAAAAGCUGCUUGUGUGUGCUCCUCAAUUAACAGAGGUUGGUACUGGCUCAUUCUUGCAAGAGCUAACACCCAGUCAGUAUUCCAAUAUUGAAAUUGCAUUUAGCAAUUGCAAAAAUCUGCAUAGCCUCUCUGGUUUAUGGGAAGUGACGGCACUGUAUCUCCCAGUUCUAUUCUCUGCCUCUAUAAAUCUAACUUUCUUGAAUUUGAGCUAUGCUGCUUUACAAGGUGAUGACCUUGCUGAGCUUCUUGUUCACUGUCAACAUCUUCGACGCCUCUGGGUCCUGGAUACAGUAGGAGACUUGGGGCUGGAGGCUGUUGGAUCCAGCUGUCCUUUGCUAGAAGAACUCCGAGUUUUUCCAGACAAUCCAUUUGAUGAUGAAGGGAACCACGGGGUAACUGAAGCUGGUUUCGUAGCUGUGUCUAAUGGCUGCCCAAGACUCCACUAUGUCCUCUACUUUUGCCGGCUAAUGACCAACGCUGCGGUGGCAACAGUUGUGAAGAACUGCCCUGAUUUCACCCACUUCCGUCUAUGCAUAAUGACUCCAGGCCAACCAGAUUAUAGAACAAAUGAACCUAUGGACGAGGCUUUUGGUGCAGUAGUGAAGACUUGUAAGAAACUCCAGAGGCUUUCAGUUUCAGGUCUUUUAACGGACUUGACAUUUGAGUAUAUUGGGAUGUAUGCAAAGACCCUGGAAACUCUUUCAGUGGCUUUUGCUGGCAGCAGUGAUAGGGGGAUGGAAUGCGUCCUGAAAGGUUGUCCAAAGUUGAGGAAGCUGGAGAUAAGGGACUGCCCUUUUGGAAAUGCAGCACUACUCUCAGGUUUGGAGAAGUAUGAAUCCAUGAGGUCACUUUGGAUGUCUGCCUGCAAUGUGACCAUGAAUGGUUGUAGGCUUCUGGCCAGGGAGAUGCCCAGACUGAAUGUGGAGGUAAUGAAGGAGGAUGGGAGUGAUGGAAUUCAAGCUGAUAAGGUUUAUGUUUAUCGUUCUGUUGCUGGGCCUAGAAGGGAUGCUCCUCCUUCUGUACUUACUCUAUGAAGUUUAUCAACAGCUUGCAAGGCUUGGAACGGAUAGUUAGCCAACACGCAGUCAUGCAGCCAUUCAGCUCAUAAUACCGAUACAAAAGAAAUCAGUAGUGGAAGGCAAGGAAUACAAACUACCUACGAGGGCAAUCACAACUAAACAUACGUGGGGGUGAGAAGAAAUGCGAAGCUUAUCCAUCCAGUCUCCAGGGAUAUGAAGAAAAGCCCUUCAUGCUUCGUUCAUUGCACCCCUGGAAAGCAAGAUUUGAAGAUACCAAGAUGGGAAGUAGAUGAAGCAGCCGUGGCAGUGAGUCAGACGAAACAAAAUCUGCCCUCACAAUGCAUUGCUAUCUGGGUCCAUAUUCCGUGUCUAAAUCCCAUAUUCAGAAUUUCACACCGAUGCCAUAAGGACUGGAUCCAAUCUCAGUUUGUAGUGAGAUAGAGGGGUGAUAAGGUGAGGUCACAUUCUCAUUACCAUUUGUAUUAUCAUCGAUGAAAGAUCUAAAAUCCCAUCUGCUCAAUUCAUAAAUACGACUUUUACUUCCUUGUGUUGGAUCCCUUGCAUUA